AUGGAUAAACAUAUUAUGGCUUCUUUAAAACGAACAAAAAAUAAUUGUUCAGUUUGUAUUAAAUUGGCUGGAGUUUUUUUAUGUCAUGGAUGUGAAAAAAAUUUUUGUCAACUACAUGCUAGUGAACAUCGAGAACAUCUUCUAAAAUCUAUGAAUGUUAUUUAUCAUAAUUAUGAUUCAGUCAAACAAAAUAUAAAAGGACAAACAACAGAACAAUAUCAACAUUCUUUAAUGGUACAAGUUAAUCAAUGGGAACAAGAAUCCAUUGAAAAAAUUCGUCAAUAUGCUCAAGAGACUCGACAAGAAUUAACAAUUACUGUUCGACACCGUUCAGAUAAUUUAAAAGAAAAAUUAGAACAAUUAAAACAAGAAUUAGAUAAAGCUCGACAAACUGGUGGUUUUUAUGAAAAUGAUUUAAAAGAAUGGACGGAGAAACUUAAUGAAAUACGACGUACAUUUGCUGGUCAACAAACAAUUAAUAUUAAUGAAGCUUCUCAUUCAACUCCAUUUAUAUCAAGAUUUUCACUCAAUGCAACAUCAAAUAGUUCAUUUCAAAAUGAAUAUCAUUCUAGAACUUUUCAACAUCAACAUCAACAACAACAACAACAACAACAAUUACAACAACAACUACAACAACAUUAUGAUUAUGAUCAAUAUAAACAAAUCAAUCAUAGUCAUUUUGAUGAUCUUUUACCUGCACAAAUACAAACAUCAUAUUCAUCAGGUCAACAUAAAUUUCAAUAUGUAAUUGAACGUUAUGAAAUAAAUAGUUCAAUUCUAUUUGGAAUUAUAUCCGAACUUACAUCGAGCGAUGAAGAUCCAUAUAGAAAUUCAUCAUUUUAUGGUUGGGGAUCAAACGAUCUUGUUUAUCUUGGUGGUAAAGAAAAACUAAAUUAUAAUAAAUAUCGUAGUGAUUAUCAAACUGGUGGUCAAUAUGAAUUAACUAUUGAUUGUGAUGAAAAAAAAAUUACUUUAAAAAAUGAACACACCAGUCAAUCGUAUGAAUUAACUAUUGAUCUUCAUAAAUGUCCAUUUCCAUGGCAACAACAUGUUCGUCUUUGGUUACGUUCAAAUUCCGAAGAAAAAUCACAUUAUUAA